AGAAGGAUGUUCACUUCAGGAGGGAGAAGGAGUGAUGACAGUGUUUUUACCGCAGCUGGAGAGAGAGCCGGGAUCAAACCCAGAGCCUCGGAGGAGGAGGACGCAUGUGAUCCCACGCACCGCGUCUUGUUGCCUGAGCGCCAUCAGAAGAUAUUAUUAAUAUUCCCCACACACACACACACUCCAACCAUCGUCUCCGCGUCUCACAGCAGUCAACAUGGCCACUCUGCAACAUCACCGGCAGCUUCUCGUGCGUGGCACUGAAGUCAGCUGUGACUCCAGCGGGGAUGGCGCCGUGACCGUGCGAAUUGCCAACAGCGCGCCACCCGCGCACCAACGUGAUCCACUGAGGGCAGUCAACAGUGGAGGAGGAGGAGGAGCUGGAGGCUGUGUGGCUGUGAGUAAAAGGAACCCUGACCUCCACAAAUACAGCAUCUCCUCCAGCUGCAGCUCAGCAGAGUCCAGGCCUGCUGUGACCUCCAUUUCCAGGGUGCAAAGGAAGGCACCGCCUUUGUUCGAACGCUCUGCUGCACAGUGCUGGGACCCCAAGUUUGACUCCCCGAUCCUGGAAGAGGCGUGCCAAGAGAGGUGCUUUCCUCAGACGCAGCGCCGCUUCCGCUAUGUCCUGUUUUACCUCGCCGUGGCUGCUGUACUCUGGGGGGUUUACUUUGGGGUCAACAAUGACCGCUGCAACCCCAUGCUCUUCCUAGCCCCCACAGCGUCCUUCUUUGUUCUUCUAGUGCUCUUCUUUCUGUUCACCUUCACCCAGCCUUACACAUGGCUGUACAACCAAACCUCUUUGGUCCUGAUAGCGGUCACCUUCGCCAUCACCUUAGCUCCACAGAUACAGACUGCUGGUUUCACUGAUCUGGAGUGGGCUGGCGGUGGGAAUGCCUCAUAUCGCUCACAAUACGAACCAGCACAGCCUACAAUCCACUGCAUCUCCCCUGUAGGCACCUUUUCCCUGUGCAUGGAGGUUUUGCUAUUGUUAUACAGUGUCCUCCAUGUCCGUCUGUAUGCCUCUGUGAUGCUUGGGCUCCUCUAUUCUAUAUUUUUUGAGGCAUUAGGAUGGCUGCCAUUGCUUCAAAGGAGUUAUGACACUGACAGACGGGGAACAGGGACAGAGGGUUCAGGUUCUGAUUGGGAAGGAAAUACACUCGGCUGGCUCGGCCCGGCCAAAGCUCUGCUUCACUUGUGUGCUCAUGUCAUUGGCAUCCACCUGUUUAUCAUGUCGGAGGUUCGUUCCCGCAGUACUUUUCUCAAAGUGGGCCAAUCCAUCAUGCACGGCAAAGACUUAGAAGUGGAGAAGGCCUUGAAGGAGCGCAUGAUUCACUCUGUGAUGCCACGACGAGUUGCAGACGAGCUGAUGAAGCAGGGUGAUGAUGAGGGCUGCGGCGAGAACUCUGGCAAGCGUUAUUCCUCCGGUGCUUGCUCGGCCUCGGCCAUCUCAGUGGGUGGUGGAGGAGGCUGUGGAGUUUCACAAGCCCAAAGUACCACAAGCCCCAAAAAUCACGCUCACAACAAUCACAAACGCAAGAAGACCUCCAUCCCCCGUGGACAGAUCAUAUUUAGGCCCUUUAACAUGAAACGCAUGGAGCCUGUGAGCAUCCUCUUUGCAGACAUUGUGGGUUUCACCAAAAUGUCUGCCAACAAGUCCGCCCCGGCCUUGGUGGGCCUUCUCAAUGACCUGUUUGGCCGUUUCGACCGGCUCUGUGAACUAACCUGCUGUGAAAAGAUCAGCACCCUGGGAGACUGCUACUACUGCGUGGCAGGGUGCCCUGAGCCCAGGCCGGACCAUGCCCACUGCUGUGUAGAGAUGGGCCUGGGCAUGAUCCAGGCCAUCGACCAGUUCUGCCAGGAGACGUGUGAGGCGGUCAGCAUGCGUGUCGGCGUCCAUACGGGCACUGUGCUCUGUGGGAUCCUUGGAAUCAAGCGCUUCAAGUUCGAUGUAUGGUCUAAUGAUGUUAAUCUGGCUAACUUGAUGGAGCAGCUAGGUGUGGCGGGCAAGGUGCACCUGUCAGAAGCCACUGCCCGAUUCCUGGAUGACCGUUACCAGAGCGAGGACGGGCGGGUGGCAGAGAGAGCUGGCCAGAGUGUGGUGGAGAAACUAAAGGGGCUGCAGACCUACCUGAUCUCAGGGAGGAAGUUGGAGCUCGAUGUGCAGUGUGGCUGUCCUCAGGUGGGACUGCCUGGUGGGGACUUUGCCGCGGUCGGCCUGUCCUCCUGUCCUCAGCCUCACACACCAGACCUCAUCCCUGGGGGAGCGCAGGCUCCAGAGCUCCUUCUGCCACACCAGCCACCAGACAGGAUCGGGCCUCCCUGUGUGUCCCGCAGCGUGGCCUUGUCUGCGGGAACAGAGCAGGGCGAUGAUGUGACUGUGUUGAAUGGCUGCCAGGAAGAGCACAAGACAAGUAGUGCCAAGUUCAUCCCAGGUCACAGCCCCCGGGCGGCCAACGGCCUCUUGAGUCCCCCACUGGACGACCCAGUGCGGGCCAGCCAGAGCUCCUUGUGCGACAUGCUUCAGGAGAAAGAGAAGAAGACCAGCACCAGCACAGGGACUGGCACCAGUCUAGGCAUGGCUGGAGGCACGGGGGCAGCGGGUCCAGGUAUGGACCACUCCGCUCUGAUUCAGCUGCGUGCCAAGAGCUUCAGAGAGAAGAGCGACGCCCACUUUGUGGACGUUAUCAGGGAGGACAGUCUGAUGAAAGAUUACUUUUUCAAGCCACCCAUCAACAAGAUCAGCCUCAAUUUCCUAGAAAGAACUCUGGAAAAGGCCUAUCGCAGCAGCUACAAGGAGGAGGUGAAAAACCAGGCUCAGGUGCAGACGUUUGCCAGCUCCACCUUCAGCUCCUUCCUGGACGUUCUCCUCAGCUGUUUUGUCUUCCUGGCCCUGACCCUGGCCUGCUUCCUGCCACCUCUCGUGAGCCCGACCAGUGUGGGCCCUCCAGCCCCCGCAGCCUUGGCCCUGGCUCCCCUGGCCGGUCUGCUGGAGCUGGCCUCUCUGGUGCUGUCCAUACGUAUGGCCUUUUAUCUGGAGGAGGUGAUGAACUGUACCCGCUCCCUGCUCCUGGGGGUCUCGGGAUGGAUUCCCCAUCAUGUGAUUGGGGCCGUGUUAGUGUCCCUUCCCGCCAUCUCUGUCUUAUCCCACCUCACGUCCAGCGUCCACCUGCCCCUCCAGGUGACCAUGUUCCUGUGCUGUGCCACCAUCCUGGCCAUCAUCCAGUACUGUAACUUCUGUCAGCUCAGUUUCUGGAUGCGCUCGGUCCUGGCCACUGCGACGGGGGUCGCUCUGCUGCUGCUGCUGUACAGCCCCUUACACAGGUCCGGUAAUAACAACUUGCCAGUUCAUGGACUGAACGUCUCCACAUCGAGUGAUGGCGUCUCAGAAUCAGGCCCUGACCCUCUCCCACGACCUCUCGACCUUUUGGUCCCUGAGGCCGUCCUGGCUUUCUUCCUGCUUCUUCUGCUGGUAUGGUUCCUCAACCGAGAGUUUGAGGUCAGCUACCGGCUCCAUUACCAUGGCAACGUGGAGGCUGACAAACAUCGCUCCAAGAUCCAGAUGAUGCGCGACCAGGCCGAGUGGCUACUGGGCAACAUCAUCCCCAUCCAUGUCGCUGACCAGCUCAAGGUGACCCAGAGCUACUCCAAGAACCACGACAGUGUUGGGGUGAUCUUCGCCAGCAUUGUGAAUUUCAGCGAGUUCUAUGAGGAGAGCUACGAGGGCGGGAAAGAGUGCUAUCGUGUCCUCAACGAGCUCAUUGGAGACUUUGACGAGCUCCUUCGCAAACCUGAAUUCAAUAGCGUGGAAAAAAUCAAGACAAUCGGCGCCACCUACAUGGCGGCGGCGGGACUGAACGUCCAGCAGCUGGCUGAGAACGAGGAUGACUCUCCGCACGCACACCUGAGGGCCCUCUUCGACUUCGCCCUGGAGAUGAUGGGCGUCCUGGACGACUUCAACAAGAACAUGCUCGGUUUCGGUUUCAAGCUCCGUAUUGGAUUUAACCACGGGCCACUGACAGCCGGGGUGAUCGGCACCACUAAGCUGCUCUAUGACAUCUGGGGAGACACGGUCAACAUCGCCAGCCGCAUGGACUCCACGGGUGUUGAGUGUCGGGUGCAGGUGAGCGAGGAGAGCCACGCUAUGCUUAGCGCCAUGGGGUUGGAGUUUGACUAUCGAGGAACUGUGAAUGUUAAGGGCAAAGGUCAAAUGAGGACCUUUCUGUACCCCAAAAGUGGGGAAAGUAUAUGUCAAGAUUGCAUGGAGCAGGCUAGGGGGGAAGGACCCUCGUCCGUGGCAAUGUCCGCCAAUAAGACUUCAGGAUCUGCUCCCCAGGCAGCAGGUUCUCCUCCCUCUUCGUCCUCUUCUUCUCCUCCUCAGCCCCAAAGCGCUGUAAGGCCUUCAGGAACAGAUCCUGAGCCUGUCCCAGCUCUGUCUGCAGAGAUGAGGGAGGAAGGAUAUAGGGACGCUCCACAGCUCCAAGGGCAGCCGACUGCCACAGACAUUCACCCCCCUCCCCUCUCUGAACUAGACCCAGAAGCUAGUGCUGCACAAAUGCCCUCCCGGGUGCAGCCUGCUCCUCUCGCACUUCAAGAGGAGGAGGAUGAAGAGGAGGAAGCCACUGAGCUGUCAAAACUCAACGAGGAGUUUUAUGCUCGUCUCUGAUCCCUUCCUCUCCCCUGUCUCCUGUCUCCUGUCUCUGAUCUGCACCCCUGGACUGAUUGCAGGUGCGGGGCAGGAAGUCCCUCCCAUUAGACAAAGUGUCUUCAGCAUGGUUGAAGAAGAGGGAGUUAAUCACGCCAACACCAACACUGGCCACAUUGGUGAUUAACGUGGCCAAUAACAUCUUUUACAGGAAUGUUGCCUGAGUGCUGGGGUGGGUUAGACCUGUGUUGAGCACAGCAGUUUAUUAUGGAGAAAAGGUUGAAAGGGAUUAAGAGGGAAAAGAAUACUUUUUGGAGAUGUCGUUGAUGUUUUUUCUUUUUUUUGUUAUCAAGUGCCUUCAGGACUAGAAAAGUGAACAAACAAAUAUGAAUGCUGAACAAAGGUUUAACAAUCUUAGACUACGGAAGAUGCUGUGGUUUCUUACUCCAUGCUCUUAUUUUCAAUGCAAGUAUUUCUUAAAAUAAUCAUUAUGGUCAUGGCAUAUCAUUUAUUCAAACUUGAUCAAAGCCUUGACCUUACACUUAAGGGAAAAAAAGAGAUUCUUUAUAAGUGCCAGUGCAGCGUGAUGGGCUGAGCAGGAAAACUAAGGGAAGAAUGAGGGACUCACAUGAAGCAGUGUUAAUUUAUGUGUUGUGCUUUGACAUGAGGGCUUAAUACUUUAUUAAUUUGUCCUAGACUCAAAUGCUACAAGGCAAGCUGCAUAGAUUUUAGUUUGUGUAGCAGCUAAAUGCACAAUUUAAGCACAGGUCUUGCACAGUUUUAUCUCUACCACUUGUAUUUGGUAGUUAUUACCGGGAGAAGGCUUUUAAGAUGUUUUAACAAGAGUUCUUGUCUUUCACAACAAGUACAAUGAAAAGCACAAAAUCAGAUAAGGGAAUACAGUUUUGGAAGAAAAUGUGAUUUUUUUUAAGUGAGUUCGUAAGAAAAGUAGAAAGGCACUUUAAUUAUGCUUUAGGGGUUAUUCCACAUUUGAGUAACAGACUCUCACCCCACAUAGAACUGAGAGGUGGCCGUAAAAAUGUAUGUUAGUCUAAAAAAACAAAACAGAUGGCAAUUGUGAUCAACUUUAGUUAAUGCUGGUUAAAUUAGAUUUUGCUGAAACUUAUUAAACCAAUCCUGCACUAUAAUCUAUGAUGGAGUAUCCCGGUCAUAUUGAGGAAAAACAAAAUAAAUGUCAGAUUUAGAGAUUUUUUUAAUAUUACAAGGACAAAGUCAUAAAAUAAUGAAAACAAAGUCGUAAUAUUAUAUGAGUACAGCUGUAAUUCAAUGGCAAAUAAGUCAUAAUAGUAUCAGAAUAAGGGAAAUUCAGCAGCAAGGAGAACCUGUGCUCACUGGAGUUUCACUCCUUCUGGAUCCCCAUCUGGAUCACUUAUCUCACAGUUUCUAGAGAAACUACAAAACUCACACAGAUGUUACCAACGUUAUCAAACAUUUUCCCCUCCACAAAGGAAGCAACGUCUGAGUGAAUCUUUCUUUGGUAUAAACACUUUCUCACAAAAUCUGUUCAAAGUCCUGAUACUUGAGAUAAUGUGGUGCUGACAAAAGAUUUAAUAUUUUAAUAUUUGUGAAAUUUAUACUGACGUAUAACUUAACAAGAUGCUUCACAUUUCUCAUUUUAACACGCUAACUAAAACCACACACUGAAAUUCUAUAUUUUUGUUGUUGCAAAAAAAAAUCCAAUGAAAAGACCAAAACCAACAAAGUGUGAAUGCAUCUCUCAACACUCCCUGACUUUUCCAUCCUAGUAUUUUGGGGCAUGAUGACAGGAACGACAUGCAACAAAGGUGCCUGGACAUCAAUGAACUGGGGGAUGCUGUGGUUUAUGGUGAGCAGCACCUUAACUCAUAGGCCACCAGGGCAGUACAUUUUGAAUUUGCUGGGGGACUAUUUUCAGUGGUGGAUUUGCUGUGGCAGUUGGUAUUUAUGGCAGCAGGACAGUGCAUGUGGGAUUAAUUUAAAAUAAACGACUGACCCCUUAUUUAGUCAAGAAGGGAGCAUGUCUCCCAUCACUAACAAUGCACCUUAGAGAAUCGAGAUAUAUCAGCUUUGGACACAUUAAUUAGAUUAGAUUUCUUGGUAGUUUAAGGUAUUUUCAAAGGGAUACAAAGAGAGAAUGUGACCAGACUUAAACUUUAAAACCCACAGUGGGGUGAGAGUUUGAUACCCAGAAUAUGUUGAGGGUGGAGUAGGCAUUGGAAGUGAAUUGUGAGGGACAAUCACUGGGUAGUUCUCGAUAAAUGACAGGGUGGUCCACGUUGCUCUUGGUUGCAUUUUCAAAGCACAGAUCAGUUACGGCCUUGGUCUCUUCUGUAGAUCCUCAGACUCAAAGACAAUAAUCACGAAGAAUAAAAGACAUCAUCAUCGGUCCGUCCAGUACUUCAGAUUUACUCAGUAGCUCAGUAUUGUCUGCCUUUGGCUGUGUGAUUUGUCGUUGAAGGGGUGGGACGUUUCACUCUGACCCUGUUAUGGCCCUUCAUUGAGGGGAGCCUCUACUGUAACAAUAUACUUAAUUUUUGCCACUUUAAUUGAGUGAUCUAUAGGUGCAGUGCAACCUAAAGUAGCUGAUUGUUUUGUGGUGCCUAAAACUAUGACUGUAUUUUUUGAGUACUUUGGUUUUCAGAACGUUUUUUUUAUCAUGCUGUUGUCAUAAUGAGAGUAGAUUAUGAUUGUAUGUUUGAUGAAAUGAUGCUUGUUGUGCAGGUUUUUCUGCAUUUGAUUGGACAAAUUCCAUCUUCUUUUUGCUCUUUUCCAGUUCCUUCAUUCUGUCAUUAACUGGCUGCCUGGAACAAUAUGGUGGUGUUCCCAUUGAAAACCUGGCACACCUGAAGCUCUCUUUGCUCUUCUACUCACUUCAUGCUUUGUCUUUACUCCUAGAAAACACUUGUUUCCCCGUGUGUGUGUGUGUGUGUGUGAGAGAGAGAGAGAAAGAUAUUUAAGUUUUACGCCAAUUCAAAGUCAAUCACUGCCAAGUAAUCUCUCAUGGGUGAUGCAAAAGGAAAAUAAUCAAUAUCAUAUCAACUGUAUGGCCUCUAUUUAACUGUGAUUUUGAUGACCCUGCCUUAUCCGUAGAGGAUUCACAAAUUUGCAUUCUUUGAAAGGGAGAAGAGACAAAUCCUGAAGUUUGAAAUUUGCUAAAUGAUCCUGCAAACAUGGACCACCACCAUAGUUUAGGGACAGGUCAACAUUUCAGCUUUCAAUAAUCUUCCUUUUGAAGCAAUUAACACACGCAUAGAUACAAAGAUAGAAUUAAAACGUUCAAAUAACUCUAUUUAUGUAGCCACAAUUUAAUCUGUAACGUAAAGAGCAUCCUUGUUUUCCUCUGCCACUGCGCACUAUAAACAUACACAACCAAUGCCUUUCGAAUUAUGGAUAUGUCAGCUCUGAUUAUCUGUAUCAAAUAAUCCUGAUAACCCCAGUAGCAUAAAAAUCCAAAGACGUUUCUCUAUCGGAGCUGUCCCCAGAAUAACACAAAAAUAGCUUCAUCAGAUCUGCUCUGCAAAAUCCUUUUCACUGCUUUAAUUAGCGUUCCAAAAAGCACAUCUCUCACUCCGCUAUUAUAAUGCAUAUUGUCACCAUGCUCAUGCCUAAUUAAUCACAACACACAUGGUAAUGGAAACAAAUGAGAAUCCCAAGUAUUAAUUGUGAAGGAAGGUUUCUCCCCCGCACACACAUACACACGCACACGUUUUACAGAUUACCCUUCUGCCUUAAUGUCAUGAGAUAAUCCUCUGGGAUUUUCAGGCCACUGCACUGUAGCUGUCCAUAUAUCAGAUACAAUCCAUAGUAGAUUUGAGGUGUGGGACUCCACAGGUUGAUGGGCACACCACCUCUCCAACACAGCGCACAUCUGUACACACGUAUGAAUAAAAUAUUACAGUGAACACUGCUGGCUCUGUGAUCUGUGGGGGAGGAGAAUGCGUUCUUGUUCCCAUGAGUAUGAAUGGACAAUUUUCUUGUUUGCUCGACACACUACAUUUUAGCUCGAUUCUGUACCAUACUCAUAAACUUUCAUUUAAUUUCCGUGUCAUUUUGCCCUCACUUAUGUUGAACAUUACACGCAGGAUUCCUCCAAUCCCUAAUUUUGGGUUGUUUGGACGUCGUCCCUCUCUGACUGUGUGUGUGUGUGUGUGUUACCAGGUUUAUUUUAGAGGGAAAGAAGUGGACCCAGAAGUCCAGUGCUAUGUUUUGGGGGGGAAAUGCAAUCAAUUUAUCAGCUGAGUGCGUUGAGGAGAAGUUAAUUCAUCCCGUUUUGUUGAAGAAGUGCGAUUCUGCUCUGUGACAGAAAUUCAAGAGAGAAGCAUAAUGGAAUAUAGUGUUUAAUUAGCACUAAAGGCGUCAAAUCAAAAAAUAGUGCCGCUAUUCACUAAAAAUACAGAAUGUGUUUUUAAUUAAACUGGGACAAAAUUUAGAUGAGUUAUUUGAUUUUAAAUCUUUGUAUUUGCUUUAUGUUUUUGAAUGAGAUGUAUUAUGUAUGUUUUGUGCACAUUACCCAUGUAUCAUUUAUCAACACAUGAUCGUAAUCUGUACACAUUUGCACAAAGCACUGUGUUUGUACAUAUGCAGUUAUUUUAUGUCACAUAUGAUUUUUUUUUUAUACAUGUGCAUGUGUCAGAUUUUGCCAGAAAACAAUGAAAAGAGACACAUAUUAUCAAACUGA